AUGCAGCGAGACCUCUCUUUGAGUCCAGAGAAGGAGCUGCCCCCCUGGAAGCGGCGCAAGAUCCAGACCCAAAGUCUUCAGAUUGUAGGAUUGACAGGUACUAUCGGAAGUGGAAAAGGCACAGCGGCUGAAUUUCUGGUUGCGCAAGGCUUUCAGCACGUGAGGAUUAGGGAUGUGCUGGCACAAGCGGUGGAGCAAAGCGGCGGCACUUCCCACCCAGAUCAAUUUGUAUCGUGGGCCCCCACGGCACUGGCAAGACCUAUUUACUCAGGCAGCUCUGCAAGGGCUUAG